GGUCCGUCUUUAUUUCAUAACCGAACAACGCCGGUGCAACUGGUCCAACCGUUUGGAACGCAAAAAAAAACUUGAAUUAAUUAUAAGCGUCUAGCUGACUGAGAUUUCAAUAUUUUAACGUAAACUUCCGGUUAAAAUAUAAACUUCCGUUUUAAGUCACAUGGUGUUAUUUCCAUUCAGCAACUUUGUGAUUCUCCAAUUGACAGAAUUAGCCAAUGAACAAGCAAUAUGGCAGCUAAUUCAGAAUUAACAAAAGUAGAAAUGGAGGAUGUCAACAUAUCUAGCCCUAUAACAACCACUGGACUCAUCAACCAGAGUUAUACGCCUGAAAAAGACCUUGAUCCAAGUGAAAGUUAUUUCCUGGGUCGGGCGGAUGCUGCCUGUCUACAUGUGGAGCAGGACCAAGAUCCCAAGGCAAGAUGUGUCCACUGUGUCCGCAUGACGGAAGUUGUUCCUUCAUCCAGUCAGAUAUAUGGAGAAAAUUCCACUGAGGAAAGAGCCACUAAGGAAAAUGACUGGAAAAUGUCUGUUCAUUUGUUUUCAUCAAAGAAACAAGGAGGCAAAGGCAAUAAAGCUUGGACAAAGAGAAUUAGGUCCUACUAUAAGGCCCAGGAUGGACUGAUAGAAACUUAUGAGAAUAUUGAAGAACUAGAGAGAAAAACAUCAGAAGAAAGAAAUGCUGACCCAGAGGAAAAGAAAUCCAAUGCAGCUUUCUUUGCUAAACUCAGCCUUGCUGCUAAUAUGAUUCUACUCAUAGCCAAACUAGCAGCAGCCAUCUUGUCUGGGUCUAUAUCCGUUAUUUCAAGUUUGGUGGACAGUAUUGUUGAUUUCGCUUCGGGUAUUGUCAUCUGGGCUACUACACGAGCGGUGAAAAACCGGAACCUGUACGAAUAUCCUCAAGGACGUACUAAACUGGAACCCAUAGCCAUUGUGGUGCUGUCCGUCAUCAUGAGUUUGGCAUCCAUACAGCUGAUCCGUGAAUCAGCAGAAAAGAUUAUAGAUCUCGCAAAUUACAACUCGACUGCAGCUCACUUUACCAUACCAACAAUUGUCAUCACAUCGUCUACAGUCGUGAUCAAAUUGAUAUUGUUUUUAUUAUGCCGUCGUGUCCAAAAGCCGAGUGUCCAGGCUCUUGCCCAAGAUCAUCGUAAUGAUGUGCUGUCCAACUCUGUGGCCCUAGUCUGUGGCUACUUAGGGUCUCAGGAGAUGCAGGGUAACGUUUCAGGAGCAUACGGAUUAGUUUAUAUAGAUCCAUGUGGGGCCAUACUUAUCUCGAUCUACAUCAUCAUCAGCUGGUGGAUAACAGGCUGGGAUCAGACAAAGAUGUUGACAGGAUUCACUGCCAAACCUGAAUUUUUGAAGAAAAUCACUUGGAUCAGCAUUAACCAUGAUGCCAGAAUUCGGUAUGUCGAAACAGUGAGAGCCUUCCACUUCGGGAGUAAUUUUUUAGUGGAAGUUGAUAUUGUUCUUCCCCAGGAUAUGACAUUAGCGGAGGCUCACAACAUUGGGGAACCACUUCAACAAAAACUGGAGAGACUACCAGAAGUCGAACGAGCAUUUGUUCAUUUGGACUACAAUUUUGAUCAUGAUCCGAAAGAUGAACACAAAGUUAUGUGAUAUUUGAUAGGACUAUAACGAUGAAAGAGAAAUUGAAGGUUGUGUUACAUUUGAUAUGUACCUGAGUUAAUAAUUACCAAAAGAGUAUUACUGGUAGGAUAUCAUUAUGCCUUUAACCCUUUCACCCCUACUGAUCAUAUUGGACUUCAAAUGAUGAAUGAAUGGCAGAGUCCACUAAAGUUUCUAAGGGUUGAAAGGGUUAAAUCAAAUCUCCUAGGGGAACGCCAGUCUUUCACAGGAAUACAUCCACAACUUUCUGGUACUGUUUUAUACAGCAGGGUUGACUGGUUUCAUGUUAUAGAAAAUAACUGCAAUGACUACUGUUGAAAAUCACAUAUUGCUCAAAGUUGUGACAUUUUGUAUUAAAAUAUUUACAGUAUUAGGCAGCUUUUAAACCCUGGCAUGUUGGCGGGCGCUUGUCAGAUUCUCAGAGUAUCAAACCAAUAAACAGUGCCUUCUAA